AUGGUGUUCUGUACCUACUGUGGACAGUCCUUCACCAGGGACGAACAUCUGGAAAGGCACAUCUUGACUCGUAAGUCCACAUCCUCCCUCAGUGAUCUCCAGCUAUACUCAGGCUGCAGAAACACCAACGUGAAGCCCUUCAAAUGUUUUACCUGCCAUAUGAGUUUCGCCCGACGCGAUCUUCUACAGCGUCACUACACAGUACAUGGUCGUAACCAAAACAACGAAGAAGGUCUUCCAAUCCAAGGCAUAAUACCGAAAUCUGCCGGUCGGACGCCUAUCGCUUGUAGCAAUUGUGCAAAGACGAAGACAAAGUGCGACAAGAAGUUCCCUUGCAGUCGAUGUGCACAGAGAAAUCUGAAGUGUACACUGCGGCCGACUCGAAGGGCGUCAAAGAAUGUGAACAGGGUUGGUGUUCCUCUUGAGGUUGCAUCGAGUGGCAGCUCAAGCGACAAUGGAGGCAACCCGGAGCUUCAGAACACAUCAGCAGGAAACUCUCCAGCUCGUGAAUUGCAGCCUCCCCAGUCGAAUGGGCAACCCUCACCUGUGCUGAUACUACAGCAAGUCUCACAUGUACCGGGAGCUCCCUCACAGCGGCAAUCCCAGUCACCCUCGGCACCGCACUCGAGACACUCAUCCAUAUCUCAGCCCGUCCAGCCAGCUCCGGUCCCAACUCCAGAAGAAACGCAUAUCCAGCUGCCCCUCUCUCACACUACUCCUCCUUUCUUCGACCAGUCGCCACCGCACACGAUCCCACAGCCGUCUACACUUCUUUCGCCGCUGCCAACCCCUGGCAAUAUAGUCAACGGCUUCAUGACCUCCACACCUAUGUCCGGCUAUGACGACUUUGUACGAUCUGGUGGUCACUCGGACCCAGAGACGAGUCCAUUCAUGAUGGAUCCGUGGAGUGGCAUGCCUAUGGGUGCAGAGUUCGAUUCGAUGCGGAUAGAUCCCUCGCUGAUGAUGUCUAUGAAUAUGGACAUCAGUAUGGGCCCUCCAACUGAGGGUAUCCUUGGAAUGAUUCCAGAAAUGGCACCCAACCAGGCGUUUGGACACGUCCAAACACCCCUCCAAACACCAAGAAUGGACGAAACUUUCUCAGAUCUCCAGAUUGGCAGCUCCGCCUCGAUGUUCUAUCCGUCCCAUCGUCAUUCUUCAAUCGUAGAUGCAGGCAUCCCGGAUCUUGGUGCUAUUGUCGCUGCACAAGAUGGCUGGACCGUCUUCCGUUGCACUCCUCCGAUUCCAUCGAGCUCUUGUCCUCGCACGGCACGACUGAAUCUCGAACGGUUGGAGCUCAGCCUGAAGAACCACGAAGGCUGGAGCAACUGGUCACCAUCCUGGGAUGAGUCCGACUUCCAACAAGAAGGUCGGAUUACAGUCGCAAAGCUCCAAGAGAAUACCAGAGAUAAGCUUCUUGCGAUAACUCAGAGCUUCUUACACAAGGCGCUCGAGAUUCACAAGGAUGCUAUGAGUACCUCUUCGAGUAGUGGCGAGUCACCGGGCUCCAGUGCAUCUCUUUCAAACUUCAUUAUUCUGCCACCUGCUCGAGUCCUUGAGUAUUUCCUCAAGUCCUACUCCAACUCUUUCGAGCGCUAUUUUCCUACUUCUUCUCGCGGAAUUCUCGAUACCAAUGAGCUCAUGCAGAACUACAACGACAAGGCCUCUAGUCUGUUGAUUCUCAUGAUGAUCGCUCAGGGUGCCAUGGCUAUUCCUUCGAUGGAGGCGAGGUGGUUGACUGGAGGCAUCACUGAGGCCUGUCGUAUCUCGUUGUUUGAUCUGAUCGAAAAAAACAUCAUCAUGGCUGGUGAUCCAAUUGUUUUGCGCGCAGCCCUUCUCUUCACUGUCCAGGCUGCCUGGAGUGGCGAUAAGUGGCAGAUGGACAUCGCUAUGGGGCAGCGAGGGAUGUACUUCUCGAUGCUACGACAUUCGGGUAUUCUCGACGCUCGUCCGAUGACUGCGCCUCAUGCGAAUGGAGGGGUGUCGACGGAGGUGUUUUGGCGGGAGUGGCUGCAGCAGGAGGCCAGAAGCCGGCUCAUCUACUCGUGGAUCAUGGUCGACCAAGACCUGUCGCUUUUCCAUGAUUCAGCACCGCUUUUCUCUGUCACCGAGUGCGGGUCUCCAAUGCCUGACUCGGACAGCUUAUGGCAGGCUCCAAAUGCCGCUGAAUGGUCGCAAAUCUUUAACCAAGUCCACGAAUUUUCCAACGGGUACUCGUCCGUCGGCUCGGGAGCUAGGCCAACAAGCCUCAAAGAGCUCUUUCGUCAAUUCCUGGAUGAUGAAAUCAUCGUCCAGGAUGUUCAGGAGGUGCACCUUACUCCAAUGCAUCUCCGUCUGCUACUCCACCCAUUGCAGACUCUUGUAGUUCAGUACUGCCAGCUUCUUAGCUGUUUUUCGGAUAGCGUCGCUUCGAGAUCCCGCAAUAGGGCGCUCACUGCUGCAUCAACUCGGGUCCGUCUUGAGGAGGUGCAGGCGCUCUUGGGACGAUGGUUCGAUCUUGCACAGAGAUAUCUCAAGUCGAACACUGUCUGUCCCCUCAUGCAAGCCAAUCUGGUCAUGUUCCAUCUCAUCAGCAUGAAUGCUGUGACCAACUUCCCAGAGAUUGAGAGGUUGGCACGAAGAGAGGGCGUUGAUGGCACCUACCCGCAGAUGUUGUGGCUUCACAAGAAAUGCAUCUCGGAUGUUCAGGAAGCCAUUACACAUGCCGGACAAGUACUGCGUCUGGUAAGGGAGAUGCCUCGCGGUAUCCGUCCACCUUGGUGGCCUGGUGCGAUCUACAGAGCCUCUCUCGUCCUGUGGACGGAUGCGCUGACUCACAACGACUCUGCUGGACCGCGACAGCAGGGCGUGGCAUUCCCUGUCGAUCGCCUGCCAGCAGACCAUCAGACAAUCCUCAGAUACUUGUCUCGUCGAGAAGGAAUCCCAACGUUGACAAAGUUCGAUGGUACACCGGUCCCACUGGACAACGGCUUCUCGGUGCUGUCGCACUGUAUCGAUAUUAUCGAUGAAGGUGUAGCGACCAGAUUCUCGGAUGGUAUUCGCAGUAAGCUAGAGAGGCUAGCACGAGGUUAG